AUGGCCGAAAAUGCCUCAAAAGAACCACGCAACACAGCUAAGAGUCCGUACUACUGGGAUAUGAUGCGGUUACUCGACAAUGCCCGCAAAGAAGGCGAAUUGACAGAUGUUACUCUGUGAGUGGAAGGAAAAACAUUCCCCGCUCACCGAUGUGUUUUGGCAGCCAGUAGCCAAUUUUUUCAAGGUUUAUUUACCAACGAUAUGAAAGAAAAAUCGGCGUCAAUCGUAAAUAUCAAAGGAAUUUUCGGCGAUGAAGGAGUUCUCGUCUUACCUUUACACAGGAGAGGUUCAAAUGAGCGAGGCGAAUGUCGAUGAUCUGAUCGCGUCCGAGAACUACUUACUACUUCUUCGUCUAAAAAAACAUCGCUUGCAAGUUUAAGGAGCGGCAUAUGUCGACCACAAGUUGCGUUGCUACCUUUUUAUAUGCUGAGGAAUACGAUUGCAAGGAAUUGAAAACAUACGCUGGCGAAUUAAUCAAGCAGAACUUCGCGACGGUCGGCAAGUCCAAGGAAUUCGUGCAAAUUUCCUGUCAUCAUAUAAAGGAUCUUAUUUCAGGCGACGUCUUAGUAAUUGGAACCGAAGAAGAAGUCUUCGAAAUCGUUCUAGAAUGGAUCGCGCAAAAUCAAGACGAGAAGGAGCAACAUUUUGCGGAGUUCGACUGAGCAGCAUAUCCGAUCAAUAUUUGUACACAAAGCUUAUGUGCCAUGAACUAGUGCAGGCAAAUGGCGAGUGUAAGGAAAUAUUAAUGGACGAAAUUCGCUGGCGUGCCUUGUACUCUGGCCAACAGAUCUCCCAACAAAAACCAAGAACUUGUCUUCAGACUCAUGAAGAUGCAAUCAUCACAUGCGGUGGCCUGUCGCCAGAUGAACGUAUUCGCAACUUGGCUGUGUGUUAUGUUCCGGCUACGAAAACCUGGUACGAGUUGGCACCCAUGCUUAACAGACGGUUUCGCCAUGGUUUGGCUUCCUGCCGGGGAUAUGUUUAUGCCAUCGGUGGUAAAGGAGAAGACUCGGUCUACAACAGCGUAGAACGAUAUGACCCGCGUACAAACUCAUGGGGCUUUGUAGCACCACUGCCUCAGAGAGUGACAUUAAUGGGUGCAGUUACCUUACAAGGGCUGCUGUACGUCACUGGCGGGAUUGCGUUCAGCAGCGAGCACGGUGGUUGACGUUGUGACACUGCACAGAGGUACAACCCCUCGACAAACUCUUGGACUAUUGUUGCACCUCUAAAGAGACGCAAGUCCUCUGUUUGUCUCGUGUCAGACACUCACUAUUUGUACUGCAUUGGUGGCUUGGCCGACGAUGGUUUCCUCUCUGAUGUGGAUCGUUAUGAUCCAAAGUUGAACGUAUGGACACAAAUGGCUCUGAUAGGCGAACAGCGCGGGUGCGCUUGUGGAGUAUGCCUUGAAAAAAAGAUUUACCUCUUUGGAGGUACUGUUGACCCAUUUUCUUUAAAUGCCCUCGUAAGUUGCGAGGUUUAUGAUAUUACUCUGAACGAAUGGCAAUCAAUCGCUCCCUUACAAGUUCCCAGAUUUCACGGAAGUGCAGUCCUUUUACGAGAUCAAGUAUACUUAUUUGGCGGAACCGGAAGUCAAAGUGUCGAUCGGCAGAAUUCUCGUAUGGUGGAGUGUUACGAUAUCAAGUCAAAUACCUGGCUCGAUGCUCAUUCUAUGCCAUAUAAUGAGACAUACUUCAGAGGAUGCCCAGUAAGCAUGUUUAAAGAUCUACUACAGUCUGUGAACAAAGUUACAACUCUUCCCCAAAGUAGUUAGGUAUGUUGAGUCCGUAUGACAGUUACCCUUGCGGGUUUUAAUGCGAACUUCUACCAGCCAUAACUUUUAAAAGCCAUCGCAGCCCGCCUGCUAACGUAAACUCAGGAAAGGUUGUUUUCACGGGAAAAAGUUCUUUCUAAAUAAAUGGAAAGCUUUCCCUCGAAAAGUAUUUUCAUUUCAAUUAUGAGAUGAAAACAUUUGUAUUUGUGAACUGUCACUCAAUUUGGCAAAUCUGUUUACGUUUUAAUCGAAUUGAGAGGGCUUGUCUAACGUAUUAGUUAAAAGGAACAGGAUCUCAUUUAUUUCCAAGAGUUUGUUUUAGUAUAGAAGGAGUAAGUCUCUAAAGCGUUAGCCCUUCGUCAAAACAAAUGACUUUGUUCUUGAAAUAAAAACCGUGAUCAUUGGAAGGUCUGCUAGUUUGUUUACAAUUAUGAUCGAGAAGAUGUGGAAAUGGUUUAAAAUCGCAAGCAGAAUGUAUCAUAAAUUUAUAUAUAAGACCAGUUACCUUAAAACCAUCUGGAGGUUCUCGCUGAACGUAAACAAAUUCUCGAGAUAAAUUCACGAGUGUAAAGAAUGCUUGAAAUCACCUUUUGACUUAACAAUCAAACAUUUACAUUCAUGACUGAGAUCUUCCUUGAGUCACGCGACUGGAAAAAGAUCACGCAAUUUUCAUUUUUUUAUUGUUAAUAAUAAAACUGUUAGAGUUAACCAUUUCUGAUUAAAAUAAACUUGUUUGACUAUCAGUGAGAUAUCUUUCCGUCGUAAUCAAACCCUGAAACUGCUAUCGUUUCUUCGGUUUGAUUGCAAAUUUAAUAACAACAUAUCAUUCAAGAAAGGUACACUGAUUGCGGAAUAUUAAGAUGUCUAUGUUACGGGUCGUUUAAUGCGAAUGACAAUAUUGAAAUAAUUUGUUUACACAGCAGUUUAAAAACUCUUAACUAACGACUAAAAUUUAUACGAAAUUUGAUUAUUUCUUACCUAAAGAUAAGUUCAGAGAUACAAUAUCCAAAAGAACUUGACAAACAUCUAAGAAUUGUAACGCCACUACCUCUACAGUCUCAUAAGACACAACGUUUACACUAUUCCAAAAAUCAAACAAUAGUUGCUUAAAGAAACAUUUACAUAAGCUAAUCAGAGCUAAACAGUCCAACCAAUCUGCGCCGUCUUCCGUUUCGUGCGACUGUCAAUCCUAUCACGUGAAAAAGAGAGAGAGAGAUGAAAUUAAAACAGUAUAUUUUCGUAUCUUUCAAAAUAUAUUCAGGCAUACAAGUGGAAAUGAGGUCUACAUUCCCACCAGAAAAUGAGGGAUGCUCUAAAAAUCGAGAUAAUACGUUGGCAAACAAAUAUUUUUGAUUCCUAGAUAUGAAUUAAUAAAAAUUCGUCGGCAAAGUUGUACAUAAAGAAUCUCUCAGCUCUACCAAGUCACUUGUACGGUACACUAGUUCAGUACACACGUUUGUAACACAACCUUGUUACACAACAUAAAGAAACACGGAAGAAAGUUCCAUUAUGGUUUUUCCUUUUAUUUUAAGGUUUUUUAAUUCAUUUCCAACUUCAGAGGCAACCAUUACUAGAUUUUUUACCGCGCACCAAAGUGUACUGGGGAAACACUGUCUGAUUGCUUUUUAUCACCGAGUAUCAAUUAAAAGUUUUCAAGCAAAUCAUUCAUCUUUCAGAGCUGAGCGUGUGUGUUGCGUUUAUAAAAGGCAAACUAGAAUGACAAGAAAGAAUCCCUGGACCAUGGAUUAUCGCUCAAAGUUAUUUUCGCUCACUCACCGAAAAUUUGUUUUCAACUAGCCCAUUCUUUCGUCAUGCUCUUGUGGGACUUUGCGUGUCCUAAUCGCUUGAUUCCCACAUCUUGACAAUAACACGAACACCAGGAGUACUGUAAUGGCACCAACGGCAGCGGACACAGCACACAAACAUAUAUCUUUGGAUGGAAACAUCUCUGCUUUAGCCUCUGUGCUGUGAAUUUUGCCAAUUCAGAGGUAUGUAGCAGAUGGCGGAUCAUAUUUCAAUGUAGCUAAGGUGCGCUAGCUGGAUGCCCUAACCCCUUAUAAAUAUUCAUUAUUUGCAGAAUAUUUGGACGUCACGCCUUUUUGGUUUAACAUUUUUUUUCGCUCUUUUCUCGGUCAAAGUUUACAGUGGGCCUCUUUUGUUGUUGGACUUUUGAAAAUUGUGACCAGAACCUUCCAAAAGACAAUUUCAUAUAAAUAUAUCGCCUACUUAAACGUAGUUCACACUGAAAUGUUGAAUGUGUUUAACAUGUGUAUUUCGUGACCGGUUGUCACGAAAUACUCGCCCCGUCUUCUUACUGAAUACAAACACGCGAAUGCAAAGACUUAUAUAUCACAUUUUUACGACGUACAUAUGCAAAUAUAUUCAUGCCCCUCUGAAAUGUGAAAUAUAUGCAAAGUGAGGCUAUUUCUGUAGUGUUUUUAUCUCAAAAAGUCGCAACAAACCAGUAUUAACAGAUCUUUACGAGCCCAACCAGGAGGAUCUAGAUUAUCCUGAGCUUUUACGCAAGUGUUCAGAAAUUGAGAUAAACAUCUCCGACAAAUAAAUUGAAAUAGUCGAGCAGGACACAAGGACUCCAGCAAAGGGGCCAGGAUUUUUUAGAUAUAGAUAUAGGAACUGCGGUCUUUUAAAUGUCACGCCAAAUUACCCAAUCUUGACUUUCAUUAAACGCCUUCAAGCAGAGUUUGAAUAAAGGGGCUUGAAUUCAACAGCUCCUCAAACAAAUAACAAGUCGUUUCUAAAAGCCCGAGGUUUGUAGCCUUUGGUUAUAUGACGUCUUUAUAUACCAUAUAGCGCCGUCGUGGAAGAAGUUUGUAGUCUCCAGUUAUGUUAAGUUAAAUCGUAUUACGUGUCCCGACCUCAAGGCCUAGAGGCUGUCUUAUCUAGUGGUUCGUCGCAUUAAAACACAGGUUUGAGUGAGGAUGAGAAGGAGUCAGUCAGGAGAUUCCACUUCCGCUUCUUUUCGGAGAUCUUGUGUUUUUUAUUUACUAAAUUUCCUUGUACCGGAUGAACUUAACAGGAUUGCGAUGAUCUGUUAAUACAAGUCAGGAAAAUCAAAUUCUUUGUUCUACAUUUGCCUGCGCUGUAUUGAAGUCCAAACACUAAUCAAACACAACUUCUACUUUUCGCUCCAUAAUUAACUGUGUACUUUGAAAAAAAAAACAUGACAUGAAACAAGCAAUCUUCCCUCUCCUUAGUUAAUUAACGGAUUACACAAGAGAAACCUGCCAACUUUUUUCUCGGAAAUCACAUAAAUAAAGAGACACAGAAAAGGCAAAAGAAUCAACUGAUCUGUCAGUUAAAUGGGGCUGGUCAGCAAUUUAUGCCAAAGGAUCAUGUUGUGUUACUUCAUUCGUGUCAUUAAAUCUAAUCCCCUUUUAACAGAAAGCCCCAAGCAUCUACGGAACAAAAAUACUAUUCAAUAACGAUAAAUAUAUUCCCGAAAAACGGCCUCAAAAAAGCAGCAACAAUAAUAAUUUAUUCUAAAAACUAGAUUCUUGUGAAGCUAUGGAUUUCUAAACCUAAUGUUUUUGAGGGGUAAGCCUAAAAGGCAAUGAGGCUUCGAAAGGAAUUUCACUUCCUUAAUUAAUAUUCAGUCUAAGGAAUGUAUAGUCGCAUUCACAGCCGUUUUCCGGUCACAUCACGUGAUGUGGUUUCGACUGAAAUGCCUCGGUAAGCUCUUUACUCGCUUGCUCUACGCGGCGUAGCUGGGCGCUGAUUACAAAACAGCGGCAAUUGAACUUUCGGGUAUUUAUUGUCAAGGACAAGUAGUGCGUUAAAAUUGAGCAAACUAAAGUCUACUCCGAAUACAACUUGCAAAAGUUGUAUUUAAAGCAGGUACAUCACUCACUGGUUUUAUCAGACAUUCGGGUAACACUGAGCUCAUCGCGAUUAUUUUAUCUAAAUGGUCGAAAGAGCACACUCCGGUAUAAUUGGAAGAAUUAAUUGAUUUCUUCAUUUCUUUUUUCUUUUUUUUUUCCUUAGUGUUUUCAAGUCUUUUCUCUCCCAUCCACUCCAACAGUUUAAAAACAAGCACAGUUAGAACGCCGCCGAUGAAACCAAACAAAGCACUCAAAAUAACACCUCCGGAGAAAACAUCUCUGAAAGUCUGUGGUUGAUAGGCAAUAAUGAAAUAUUCUAUGGACACCGCUGGAAGUCUUCAGCUUACGAAAUUGGGAAGCUGUUCCAGUCCUUGCCGUCUCUGCCUUUUAAUAGCGAGAUCUACGAAAAACUAACUUGCUAAGUUCGCUUUCGACAAGUUUUUGAAAAUGACGUACUUCUGCCGCCCUGUUUGGGUUACAAUAAGACAACCUGAAAGUUUCCUGUAUCCUGAGGAUUACGAGCGAGGGUUGUCACACGACCAACAAUACGGCAACAGAAACAUCGCACUUGUGAAACAGGCUUUACUCACGCAGAACAUUUGAAUAUUGUAAUUUUGAAUAUGAGCGAAUACGGUGAAAUUUUGAAAAUAUAAUAAUUAAUCUUCAACCUUUGAGUGUAAUCGUUGAAAUAAGGGAAGUGAGGAGUCCACCAACUUUAUUAACGGUGUCCCAUCAAAAUUGAAACCGACGGUUGUGUAUCGUCGUCUGUGACAAACAACCCGAGGAUUUUACUUAUUGCCUGGGAGGGGGGAAGUGGGCAGAUUUUGUUUGUGUUGCGAUGAAAUUUCCUUAAUCCCCCCAUAAGGCUGUGUAAUAUCCUUAUUUCCCCCCACCCCCUAGUCAAAUUUCUUUAGCCCCCCCCCCCCCUUGUGCUGAUCCCUCUCCGCUUUCACUGAAAACCAUGUGAACGAACGAGAACCAUAUGGACUGGACAAAGACUGUGAUUAAGUCACUGACAAAAUGUGACGUUGCAAACUGCAAUAAUAAACAAUUUUCAUUUAUGGAAAGAAUGACUGAAAAAGACGUGAUAAUUUUAUGACUGACAAGUUUUCUAUACUUACUUUAUUGUUUGCUUUGUAUUUGCUUUCUUGAUUCUACAGCUUUAUGAGAAACAUUGUUUACACGAUUUAAAAAUAUUUACAUAUCAUUGAGUCAUAUAUUUAGAAUGUCCUGUUAAAACAGAGUGCGCAAUACAGAAUAACACAAUUCAGCCAUCAAAAAUUCUGGUCGUUCUUCUGUUGUAAGUCCAUGAUCGAAUCGUAAAUUCCUGUAAACAAAAAUUUCCAUAAGUGUCUUUUGACGGCGUAACUAAUCAAAACAUGGAUGAAACUAAGCUGUCCCGUCUGAAUCCAACUGGAAAUGAUAGCUAAAUCCCAACUAACUAAUCAUGCAAUACAUGGCGUAACUGAUCAAUGCAUGAACAAAAUUAAGCUGUUCCGUGGGAACCCAACUUUAAGAUUUAGAUAUGUGUUUGACCUUUAUCUCUCAGGACCUCAUGCGUGACUCGUUUUCACAAAAUUUCGAUUUUUUUCAUUGGUUUAGUGAAUAGAUUUUCAAAAGGUAUCUCAUAAUCAGGAAACAGUGAAACAUGUUCAGAGACGAAUGGUUUUUGAUUCCAGGGCUUUGAAACAAUAUUCACAUCUUGAGGGAUCACACUUAACUCUACACGUCCCCGCGCCGCAAAAGUUUGGCCAGCAAAAUGACUAACUAGUCGACAAAACUCUUAUUUGAUUGACGUCAGGAGGUUCAGGACAGUGUGCACCAUGGUAGCUUAGUCACACACUAGAAUGCGGCAAUUUAUCAUUUUUUUUCUUCCGUUUCGUCUCUACAAAGCGCCUCCACUCACCUGGAUAUAAAGUAAAUAUCGUCUUCUAUCGCUGUCUUUCAUCAUGUUCCACUGGCACCUGGGGCCUCCUUGUCGCUUCAUUCUGAGGCGAAUUGCAAAAUUUUACCACCAGAAAUGAUACUAUGCCGCCGAUAGCAGCGGACAAAACAUACACCCAAAUAUCUUGAGACACACACAUCUGUUCACCUUCAUGUAUCGCAGUUCAUUUUCACUUGAUACAUGCUAUUUGUUUGGAUUAUCUUGAUACGCGCUAUUUGUUUGGAGCUGUUUUCUUGAUUGGUUGAUUCUAACUUGAUUGGCUUCCGGGAAAAAGACGAACGUUGAAACACUGUUGUUGGAUCUUGAUGGUCUGCAAUUGGCCGGUUCUAACUUCCGGUUAUUGGAAGCGUGAUUGCCUAUUAACCACAAACUUUGAGAGAUGUUUUCUCCGGAUGAAUUAUUUGUGAGUACUUUAUUUGGUUUCAUCGGCGGCGUUCUAACUGUGCUUGUUUUUAAACUGUUGGAGUGGAUGGGAGAGAAAAGACUUGAAACACAGAGAAAAAAAAGCAGCCCCACAAAAAUGACGAGAGGUCCUCAUGAAAAGGUGAGCACUUAUGUUUAAACUGAGAAAAUGAAGAAAUCAAUUAAUUCUUCCAAUUAUACCGGAGUGUUCUCUUUCGACCAUUUAGUUAAAAUAAUCGCGAUGGGCUCAGUGUUAUCCAAAUGUCUGAUAAAACCAGUGAGUGAUGAACCUGCUUUAAAUACAACUUUUGCAAGUUAUAUUCGGAGUUUACUUUAGUUUGCUCGAUUUUAACGCACUACUUGUCCUUGACAAUAAAUACGCGAAAGUUUAAUUGCCGCUGUUUUGUAAUCAGCGCCCAGCUACGCCGCGUAGAGCAAGCGAGUAAAGAGCUUACCGAGGCAUUUCAGUCGAAACCAUAUCAUGUGAGGUGACCGGAAAACGGCUGUGAAUGCGACUAUACAUUCCUUAGACUGAAUAUUAAUUAAGGAAGUGGAAUUCCUUUCGAAGCCUAAUUACCUUUAAUGACCUUGCCCCUCAAAAAACAUUAGGUUUAGAAAUCCAAAGCUCCACAAACAUCAAGUUUUUAGAAUAAAUUAUUAUUGUUGCUUCUUUUUGAGGCCGUCAUUCGGGAAUAUAUUUAUCGCUAUUAAAUAGCAUUUUUGUUCCGUAGAUGCUUGGGGCUUUCUGUUAAAAGGGGAUUAGAUUCAAUGACACGAAUGAAGUAACGCCACAUGAUCCUCUAGCAUUAAUUGCUCACAAGCCCCAUUUAACUGACAGAUCAAUUGAUUAUUUUGCCUUUUCUGUGCCUCUUUAUUUAUGUGAUUUCCGAGACACAAGUUGGCAGGUUUCUCUUGUGUAAUCCGUUUAUUAACUAAGGAGAGGGAAGAGUGCUUGUACCUUGAAAAAAAAAAACAUGACAUGAAGUUAAUGUCAUGUUUUUCUUUUCAAGGUACACAGUUAAUUAUGGAGCGAAAAGUAAAAGUUGUGUGCGAUUAGUGUUUGGACUUCAAUACAGCGCAGGCAAAUGUAGAACAAAGAAUUUCAUUUUCCUGACUUUAUUAAAAGAUCAUCACAAUCCUGUUAAGUUCAUCCGGUACAAGUAAACUUAGUAAAUAAUCCUCACUCAAACCUGUGUUUUAAUGCGACGAACCACAAGAUAAGACAGCCUCUAUGCCUUGCAUGAGGUCGGGACACGCAAUACGAUUAACUUAACAUAACUAGAGACUACAAACUUCUUCCACGAAUGCAGCCUGAAACAUAUUUAUUGUGAACGAAUCACAGCGUUAUAUGGUAUAUAAAGACGUCAUAUAACCAAAGGCUACAAACCUGGGACUUUUAGAAACGACUUGUUAUUUGUUUGAGGAACUGUUAAAUUCAAGCCCCUUUUUUUAAACUCUGCUUGAAGGCUUUUAAUGAAAGUUAAGAUUGGGUAAUGUGGCGUGACGUUUAAAAGACCGCAAUUCCUGUAUCUAUAUCUAAUUCCUGGCGAACUUUAACAAAAUCUAACUGGCACCCCCAUAAGACUCUCCGUUUGUUUUAAAUGCUUCAAUGAUAAUUAGGAUGGAAACAAUGCAUAGCAAAACUCGGCUUUCCAAACCUAUGCCAAAACUUCUACAACCACCCCAAAAAAAUUAAAAACUUUUCGAUUCGAUUUUGCCGUGUAAACCCACCAAGGCAUCAAUUAAUUCUUUUAGGGCAACCUGCUCUCUGCUUGCUUGGGUGAGGUUAUCCUUCCAGGGUGUCCAGCAACAAGAUUGUUCAGAAAAAUACGAAACUCACAAUUCAAAAUAUACGAAUUUAGGACACUCACAAUUGCAAAUAAUAGGAAAAUAAUUGAAAAAGUUGGAAAAUGGGAACUUUAUUCCCAAAACUAGGAUAACAUAGGAAACCAACACUACUUUGAAGGACAAAGAUUAGAUAUGUACACCUUUUUUUUGAAAGACGACUUGAAAUUCCACAUUAAAUUAAUCAAUGCAAAUUCCCUGGUCUUAAAAAAUACCCACUGAACUACUCCAGUUUCAAAUUAUGUGCUGUCUUUUCAAUCUUUUAACAUCAAACCAGCAGACAACACUGAGCAAACAUAACAGAUCCUCGGUGAAGUUUUAAAGCAACAUUUCACUCUAAACUUGACAUGAAACGACCAAAGUUCACUCUUAAUUGAACUUGGAAACGAUAGUUCCCCUUUAGCAUGACUUAGCGACGACACUUUACCCUUUAUUUGGCUUUCUUUCCUUUGAUGAGGAAGCAGAAACACUCGUUGACAGGGCUUUUUCUAGUGGUUUCUGAUUCUUUGUGUAACUGACUUCCUUAUAAUCCUGAUCGUCAUAGUACUUACUGCUGUAGGAACUUGGCUUUCUUGACUUUGAUGAAGAGGAAGCACAAACACUAGUUGAUAGAGCUUUUUCCAGUGGUUUCUUGUUCUUUGUGUAAUUGAUUUUCUUUUGCUCUUCUCUCACUGCCUCAAGCUUCCUCUUUGCCUUCUCUCCAUUUGAUUUCGCUCUUCCAAUCAUGAGACGCCCAUGUGUCAGGAGAACAUAACGCGGAUAAAAAGCCAUCCGUAAGGGCAAUUUUCUCUUGUUUACAAUUCCUUGGAUCGUCAAACUCCCGGGCGUCUUUAACAGCUCUUAGGCCAAAGAUGGUCCUCUCUCCAAAGAGUGGCCUUUCUUGUGUCACAACGCAGGCAUUGCGAAAGACUCCUUCCUGAUUCAGCAUUUGUCCGUGCAAGAAUAAGCUCCACUUUGGCAAUAUAUGCUCCACAUACUAUCAAGAGAUUUAAGAUUGAAUACGGAGGGCCAGCUUGAGCUUAACUGCUCAACAUCUUCAUCGACAGAAUAAGCCUACCACUCAUCUUGAAGAAUGCGGACAUCCAACUGAAGCCGCUAUGUUUUUGCCAGACUUGUAAUUGCCCUCACACCACUUGCACUUUCCUUCUUCAGGGGUUUUUAACAUGGGAGGUAAGACUGCAGAUGUGCAAUUGAUGUGCUAUAAAACGUAGGCAUGCCGCGAAGUAGAGCCUUUCGACGCUCUGACUAAGUUGGGUAGGGCCUUUAUCCCUGCAGUCAAUACUUACAAGGCCACUUUCAAACUUUUUGCAUGGGCCUCUUUCUGUAGGAAUCCAGUUACAACCCAACGUAAGAUUUUACUACACUUUGAAAAGCCUGCAGACAGUUUACUUUUUACAUAACAAACAACUUUCGAUGAGCUCUUGCAGAACAUUUUCCUUCUGCUGACUUCAACAGUCACAUGAAGUACAAUUCAUAUAACUUUUCUAGGGGCGAUAGAUGCAGUGGGAAAUCUUUGAGAAAAAAUUCGGAAACAAUACAUCUUAAGCUAGGAACAGAAGUACAAGCAACAGUAAACAAAUAAAAUAAUUGCAGCAACUUUACCUAACUUUUAGAUUCAUUUAAAACAUCAUGGUCAUGAAACAGCUUGCUUUAUGCUACAUCUACGCCUGAGACUAUAAAAUAAAUUUUCAAUUCUGUAACGCAUGUUGCUUAAUCAGCUAAAAUAUUGAGAAAAAAGUUUGUGGAGAAAGGAAUCUGUUAAUAAAAUAAGAAAAAAUAAGACCUGAGAAAUUGGACACUAAAUCCUUCUCUACUUAGCCAAAUGAUCGUAAAACAUCAGGGCUCAAAUUACUUUUACCACUCUACUCAUCUAGAAUUUGUUCAACCUAUCAGAUUGAAUGAACCACACCUACCUGUUUCUGAAAUAGUCUCUACACUGCGAUUCUAACCAACGUUAUCUAAUGUUCCUCUUUCUUACGUAAACUCGCAUUUUAUACCCUAUUCGCACCAGCAAAACAUGUUUUGUUAAACUGACUUUUACUGAAUGAAAAUCACAAAGAGAGAACUGGAAAAACUUAAUUUUGCGUAGGAUUCAAGUACUUGCUAACUUGCAUUUCCAAUGGGCUAUAUUUUAAGUAGAAAAUAUUAGGUAAAGUUGGUUCUACUAAGAAAAAAAAAUUAAAGUGUGUUUAACAAAACAACUUUAAAACAUGUUUAAGCUUUGGUGUGAAUGGGGAAUUAGAGAAAAUUGGCAGCUUAUAUCAUUUGUAAGAGAGCUCGCUUAAUUCGCUUUUCCGACGCCCUUUUCCAUCCCUGCACUGGGAAAUGACACAACAUUCGUUUUAAAGAAAGUUACUGCUGACUUGAUUGAUCAUCCAACGUAUUACAAGAAAACAAAAUUUACCACUCUGAAUUUAACCCCUCGCAGUGCUGCGUCAUUUUCUUUACAAACUUGCGCUCUCAGUACCUUAAUCAUGCUUGCCAUUAUGGGCGUGAGGAACAAGUAGAACUUUUCCAUGAAGAAGGCCGUGUCACAUUUUCGUGUUGCGGGACACUUCGUCAAAAAGAAAACAGAAAGUUUAGCUUUUUGAUAACUGAUCCCUACUUUAUUACUUACUGAGUGACAAAAAAAAAAAGGUUGUCCUCAUAUGGCUUUGGCCUGAGGUGGCCUAGUAAAGUUGCAGAGAAGAAAUACUGGAAGCAAUGUGACAGGUUUACAUUCACCAAAAAAGCACAACGGUUAACCACCAACAAGGCGUGUAAAGAGCGCUUGUCAAUUGGGUUCCGUGACUAUUGGGAAGAUAGUGUUAGUUUUUGUCAGUUGAAGUACACGAAGGCUCGUUAUCACAAGUACUUUCACUAUUCGAUUGAAAAUUGUUCGAUGGACAAACUUUGUAAGUUUAUUGUAAUAGAAUGAGAGCUCUAAAUCUCUUUAUCGUGAGAAAAGCGAAUAUAUGUUGUCCAAUGUACAGGAUUCAAUGAUUUUAUUAUUACUUGGGGAGGGGAGAGGUUUGUUCCUUUCUCUUUUCUUUCAUUGCGAUAGCACGCUUGUUUCCUGUAUUUCAUUAAGUUUUAUUUGCCACUGUUACUGAUUGUUGUUGAGCUUGCCUUUAAUUUGUAUGUCUAGGCUAUAAUAGCAACAAAGAACCUGAGUAACGCUUUGUACAUCCUAAAAUAUUCCGCUCAAUUUUCCGGUUUGUUUUUCGCAAUCUCCAUCCCCAGCCAACGUUGUUUCGUAAUAGUCUGCCCAUAAGCUCUUUUGAGUAUUUCUAUCCGACAGAACUAACACUUGAUAGUCUCCUGCUAGCUGAAGGUGGUUUGGCACGUUAUAAAUAAUGAUGUACGCACGAAACUCCUUUAAAAGGUCCUCGAAAGGAGAUUAAUAAAUACAACGAUAUUAAGACACCGAAGGCGAAACUCUUGAUAAUAGUUAACGUUACCUAGAUCUCCUGCUGGGAGAAAAGUGGAAGAUACACUUUCUACCGACAACUUGAGUAAAUGCUGCAAUCACAUUAGAAUAAACAUUGCAUCGAUCAUGUCGAUGGAAAGAAUAAAUGAAAGCUUUGGUACUGUGAUUUCCUGUAAACGCUAUCCAACCUUGGCGGGAUAUAUCAUAGUAAAUUUACAACGAAAGAGAUGGACAUCCCUCUCGACAGAUCUUACCAUUAAAAACCAUGAAAGUAUUGUAAAAUUGGUACCUGCCAUUUAGUUUACAUUUGAAUACUCUUGAAAAGUAAAAAGAAAACAGAAAAAAACGAAUCGAGCUUUUCGACAAGACAUAUGCAUGACUUGGUAAAUAGGUCUAAUACCUAUUAUACAGUUAAUGCAUCAUUUACGAUUCUGCCACACAAUGCCUCAUAAAAGAGUCUUUCAAGAAACUCUUAAAAGGAACUGAAGCACGCAACCCAUUGGAAAAGAAAACACUUAUGGUUUUCUCUGUUUUCUGAUUAUGAGUUUCAACCCAUCGUAACUCAACAAUGUCGGUCCAAAAUAGGCAGAUGGAUAUUAUUUCUAGAUUCCUCAGGGCUGCUUUAAAAACUGUUCAGACACCGCUUAAAUUUCUGUCUCCAUGUGAAAUUACGUCACCCACCCUGAAACAGUUGUUGACCACUGAGCGAUAUAGAGACAACUGGUCAGGACGGUGGCUAUGAAUGCAGUAUGAAGCGAAAGGGAAUUCUGGCCUUGGUCCCCAUGCGCCAGUUAAUGUCUUCUAUUUCUAUUGUUACGUGUAUUUUUGGCCAUUAUUCCAAAUUUCGCCUUUUAAAUGAUGCGGUGUAUUCAAUAAAUGUCGGCAUUUAAUCUCAACACAACAGGAAUCGGUUGAAGGCGUACAAUGUUCCGGUAAAUCUAUUUUCUUUGUGGUGAACCGACUACAGUAUUUUUUCCGUUGCGGUCUAUGUGAACUUUAAUUACUAAAAAUAGAAAUUUAACACUGCACGGGUCCGUGAUUUCCAUAAAAUGAGGAUUUGAAAAACAACACUUAAGAGCGUGACUGAAAAUGAAGCAAGUUCAUGGUUUCAUAAAAAGGAAAGGUAUCUCGAGAUUCGUCGAGACAGUGAAGUCUACAAGUUUAUUGGACAAACAUUCGGCUUUGUUUUCCUAAUUUUGUAACAUAAGUAUUAUUUCUUUUGUUUUCUCUUUUCAAUUCUGAGACUCCUGAAGGCAAACUUCGGUAGCUCCACAUAAAAGUCGUUGCGUUUUUUUUUUUUUUUAAAAAGGAUGGUCGUGGGUCAUGUUUGUUUUGAAGUCUAGCAUCGAUUUAGGUCUAAGAAAAAAAGCAUAUUUUACGAUGAAUGCAAACAAUAAACACAGCAAAUCAAGACACGUGUGUAUUAUCAGUCACGACAUGCCUGUCAUGUAUGAUCGAUUAGAAAUCAAAAACAAAAAACACAAUUCAGGAUCCACCAUCGCAUGUGUUUUACAUAAUGGUCGAAGAGUUUAAAAUGUCGUUGAUUUUCACAGCUGUUGACACUCAUUAACCUUGAGAAAGAUUAUAAGGAUUUCCAAAAGAAAGGUUCGGCUGUGAAAUGGCGCCGGCACAAAACUCAACCUCACUUGUUUAUUCUGUAGCUCGGAUCUAAACUUCCCUGUGAGACUAAUUCCUCUCAACGACUAAAUUGCCUGCCGUAACCGAGAGGAAAUUGUAUCACAAAAUUGAUGAGGCUGUACAAGGAAUAACGCAUAUGAACAGGUGAAAGAACCUUUAUUCAACUGGAUAUUUUGCGCAACAAAGAUCACGACACCGGCUUUUGCAGUGCAAGGCAUUAAAAAAGGAAAAACGUCAUUUCCCAACCGCAAAUCAAUCAGACACGUUGAAGUGUCAUUUGGUUGGUGUUUGACCAGGCUUAGACAGGUCCUUCACCCUUAGACAAGAGAUUAGCAAUAUAAGUAUUCUCCAACACCACUGUGCUCCCGCCGAGAUUCUGUCGUCGUAAUCAAAGAGAUGAACGAUUACACGCGAAAAAAACUCUUUUAAGUUUCUCGCACCUGUCGCUCUUCUUCCCAAAGAAAGUAUUUUGCUUCGUUUAUGUUUAUAAAAGGGAUAACAGCUUCCGUGCAUCGAUUGUGAGUAAUGGUAAGCAUCAAUAACUAAGACCUCUUUGCGGAUUUAUCUGAUCUGUAAUGGGAUUAAUACUCGUGCAUUUUGAUCUGUGUCAUCACAACAAAACCUAAGAAAGCUCACCAAAUUUCACCACUAAAACCCGGCUCAAGUAAAACAAUUGAAAACAAACCCACAAUACCAUACAAACUGGCUUUACCUUUCUCGCGUAAAGCUCUCUAUUUUUAUAUACAAUUUGUGAUUUUUUGAUCAAUGGAAAGACCCUAAAAAUUUCACAGGUCUUUGUGACCUAAGCAUUACCGGAAAUGGAAAGUCUGGCCAGAGAGAAAAAUAUCCGGAAGUAUUAAAAUUUAGUGAACGGAAAAAGACGGACAGAUGGCUGGCAGAUUGGGCAAACUUGUAUUUACACAAGCAGUUUUAGUGCGUUAAUAUCUUCAUUUGGCAUAAAACGCAAUAAAAUCUUGACCCCAGGUAAUGAGAAUUGACAGAGCUUUCAGAGCUUUAGUUGUUGCGGUCCAUGUAAUUUCUGAGGCGGAUUCCAUAUUUUGAUUUCCGAACACUACGAAUAAUUCAAUAGACUGGGCGAGCAGAUUGCUUAUUAAACCAAACUUUCUCGUUAAACUGUUGUUUUUUUAUAAAAUCAAUUUUGAGGACGAAAACUGCAGGCUCAAAGUACUUAAAUGGUUAUCACGACCUCAGGAAGAUAUUUGAGAUUGAUUUCGUUGUUAGCCCAAAACAAACAUUUCCCACAGCGACUGAAGAUACGUCGAGUGGGUACUGAAUUGACGCGGUUUCUGUUCGGAAACGCGUUCAACAUACCUUCCAAAUAGUUUACAUUCAACGAAAAUUGCGGGUUCGUCCUGAUUGAAUGUUGAACACAUCUUUCGUGACACACGAGAUAAGAUCUUAAUGAGGGCGGGGCGCACCAAUUAGUCACUUUAACGUGCCUGUCAGCACUUUCUACGGGAGCCUUGCAUGCGUAUCGAAAUAAAUAAGACGGGCACGAAAAAAGGGAUUCCAUUAAAAAACAAAGCAUUGAAAAGAAAAUAAGACUAUAACAACAGACGGGAAUCUUAAAAACUAUUAAGGUAUAGUUAAUCACCGAAUAAAAUAAAUAGCCCGUGGAAAUGAAAAGCGAUCGAUAUCUCGUUAUCUCGCGACCCUAAUCCGCUUAAGUCCAGUUUGGGAUUUACAGUACAAACCAGAGAGCUCCUUAGAGAGACAUAACGGUCUCUUUUAGAAACGACUUGUUAUUUGUUUGAGGAAUUGUUAAAUUCAAGCCCCUUAAUGAAAGUCAAGAUUGGGUAAUGUGGCGUGACAUUUAAAAGACCGCAAUUCCUGUAUCUAUAUCUUAAAAAUCCUGGCCCCUUCGCUUGAGUCCUUGUGUCCUGCUCGACUAUUUCAAUUUCUCUGUCGGAGAUGUUUAUCUCAAUUUCUGAACACUUGCGUAAAAGCUCAGAAUAAUCUAGUUCACAAAUAGUUUCCAAGUUGCCGUUACCACAUUUUGACGUCCUCUGUGAUCUAUUACUGAACAGACGCACGGCAACUUGGAAUCUAUUUGUUUUAUAUAAUAAAGAAUUAAAAUAUACGGGAAAAAAGUUUUAAUGAUGACGUCAUCUAUACGUCUGUACUCCAAUAGAUCAUAAGUGAGAACCAAUCAGAAUGCGUGCAUAACUGAGCUUAUUAUAUAAAUCCUCAUGGUUGGGCUUGUAAAGAUCUGUUAAUACUGGUUUGUUGUGACUUUUUGAGAUAAAAACACUACAGAAAUAGCCUCACUUUGCAUAUAUUUCACAUUUCAGAGGGGCAUGAAUAUAUUUACAUAUGUACGUCGUAAAAAGAAACACCCACACUGUCUGUUAAUUAGUUCAUUUUAGUCUGACCUCGCAGGUCAGUCAAAUAGGCAAUUAGUUUGGUUGGUAUUGAGCGUGUUUUACCUAAUAAAGCUUGUGGUGCGAUUUGCCUAUAACAAGACGAAUUCAGAAGAAAUGGCUUUUUUCUCUGAUCAAUUUUUGCGUGGUGUAUUGUUCUUUGCUGUUGGUGGAGUUUCCUCUGUAGCGAUUAUGUUGUCUCAGAGCUGUGCGUGUGUGUUUCGCUCAUAGAAGGUAAACUAAAAUGAUCAGAAAGAAUCCCUAGACCGUUGAUUUUUGGCCAAAAUCAGAAGCCUAUUAAAAGAUCAUUGUCAACCAUGCCUCUUGUCAUGUUUUCAUAGGAGAAGCUGUGGAGAAAAUCGUUCAUAUUUUACAUUCAACGUCUGCCAGGAGUCGCGUUGGCCUGUCACAUGGGGGUGACUACAAUGUUACCCAAUGCAUAAUGUGGUCGCAUAAAAUCCAAUAUUUUUGCAAAUAUCCAAACGAUUAUCCACACCCACAUUGUGAUUGAAGGAUUCCCCUUCAUAACAGCCGAUUCAAACAAUAAAUCGGUCUCGUUUGAGUUUUCCGCCAACACUAUUGGUUUAUUUUCAUUAUAAACUUCUCUCAUACCGCACAAGUAUUCUUUGACUGUUGCAUUUUUCAGAUUAUGAUCGAACCGCCCUUGAGAUCGGAACGUCACGUGAAUAACUUGACAACUAAACGCCGGCUGAUUGAAAAACACGAUGACUUUCGCGUAAUAACGCCAGAGUAGAAUUGUUCGUGACAUUAUAACCCUAUUAGAUCAAUAGUAAUACGAAUUAUGGGCGAAUUAUCUUUCAGCGUUGAAUUUUUUUCAAUAAUUGUGAGCCUUUCAUUCACACAUCGAUAUACUUGACUGCAAUCCAAACAAAAAAGAAGUGAGGUCAGACCUGUGCUGAUCAGGCACAAAAACAGAACACUAAAUAUAAUUGCAACUGUUUAAUUUAAAUAUUAUGCGGCCGUGGGGGAAGUAUUGAGUAGUGGUAGAGAGUUUCUAAAGCUGGAUGUUUCGAGUAUUAAUCAUUCUUCAGAGAGAAUAAAUUUGUACUAGUAUGCCUUAUAAAAGUAAAACCGUGUUUAAUAAAGAGUCAGAGAGUUUGUCUACAAUUAUGAUCGGGAACACUUUGGAACAGUUCAAAACCUAAGGAAAGAAGUAUGUAUCAUGAAUUCAUUAUUUUGUGCUGCAAAUACGAUCAGUACCUUAAAACCACCUAUAGUCGAGUGUUCUCGCUAAGCGUAAACGAAUUUUCAAGAUAAAUUCGCGAGCAUUAGCAAAGAAUCAUGACUUGGAAUCCCUUAUUUACAUUACAAUCGAACAUUAACACACACAUUCCUGCAAGUCAAGCGACUGGAAGAAUAUCACGCAAUUUUAUUUCUUGUUUCUAAAUUUAACUGUUAGACUCUGCCAUUUCUGAUUGCAUUAAACUUAUUCAACUGUUGCUGAGAUAAUCUUAGCGACGUAAUCAAACCCUGAAACUGUUAUCGUUUCUUCAGUUUUAUUUCUAACCAAAGAUCACUUCAAACAGGUACGCUGGCGGAAUAUAUCGUUUGUUUAUGUUAUGGGUCGUUCGAUCCCACUUUACCGCGUGAGUUACAGAAAUGAAUUUUGUUUUUUACAUAAUAGUUUCAAAACUCUUAAUCAACAACUCAAGUUUACGUAAAGUUUGAUUAUUUUUUUACAAAGAUUCGAGUUAAGAGAUACAACACGCAAAAGGACUUGACAAACAUCUAAAAAAAUGUAGCGCUACUUCCUCUACAGUCUCAAAAGAUCGUUCAAAGGAUUAAUUCCAAAGAUAACAACAAUUGGUAGAGUAAAAAAAUUAGAUAAAUGAGCCUAUAAAAAAAUUGGCUACAACAAAGAAAGUAAACCAUGAUCAAACAUUCUGUUUCUUCUUCCGUUGGAUACAACUUCACGUCGCAUCGGAAGUCCUAUCACGGGAUUAAGGAGAGAAAGAGAGUGAAAACAACUCUUUCUUCUCUUUCGUAAUAGAUAUGAUGCUAUAUCGUAUACAAGUGGAAACGGGGUCAUAUUCCCGCCAGGACCGAGGGCAUGAUCGGAAAAUCAAGGUAAUAAGAACAAACAUAGCUGGACCAAGAAAAUGAAUCAGGGAAAAAAAAAUCUAUUGCCUCUCUCGAGUCACUCAUGCGGUAUAAAGGUUUAGCAUACAAGUUAGUUAUCUUACCCAUGAACCACGGAGGAAAUUUCCAAGUGUUAUUUCUUUAAAUUCAAGGGGUUUUUUAGUUUAUUUCCAACUUGCAUCUACGAAUAGAAUUCACCGCGCGAACAGCGACAGGAAAAUGUCUUAGCGCAACUACUUCCAGAUUGCUUCCAACUAAUAAAUAAAAGUUCACCAACAGAUCAUACAUGUCUCAGAGCUGUGCGCGUGUAUUCUGUUCAUAAAAGGCAAAGUAGAAUCAUAACGGGAAGAAUCCCUGAACCAUGGAUUAUUGGCCAAAAUUCUUUUCGCUCACUUACCUGAAAAUUUGCUUCCAACUAACCCGUUCUUUCGUCAUGUUCUUGUGGGACUUUGUGAGUCCUGAUCACUUGAUCGCCACAUCUUGGCAAUAACACGAACACCAGGAUUACUAUAAUGGCACCCAUGGCAGCAGACACAGCACACAGCCAUACAUCCUUUGAUGGAAACAUCUCCGGUUUAAUUUCUGUGCUUUCGAUAGCCCACCACCAGAUAUGAUUAAAGGCAAAUGAGUUGGUACGGACGACCUUUCUGUCCGACACACUUUUUCCACCCCGGAGAAAAAGGCGGUACGUAACAACGCGUUUUUCUCAUUCGUUCCUCACGAUAAAUGUCAAUCAAAUAUCGUCUGAUGAGAGCAGAUACUUGAAAUAGCUUAAGCCGUUGAAUCUUAUCGGAAAUGAGUUGGUACCGACGACCUCUCUGAUCUAAGCGCUUUUCCCCCUCCCAGAGAAAGAGGCAGUACGUAACAACGCGUCUUUUCUCGUUUUUCCUCAUGAUAAAUGUCAAUCAAAUGUCGUCUGAUGAGAGCGGGUACUUUAAAUAGCUAAAGCCGUUGAACGUUAUUGGAAAGGAUUUGUUGACUAUCAGCAGGUGUAAAUUAACUCAUGGCUGUUCUCAAAUGCUAAUCCGAUUACAAUCACACACCAUGCAAGGCUUGAAAUGUGUUCAAACUGUGAAAUGUUUUUCGCUACAAGAGGCUUAUGAACACUCUCGAAAAUAAAAACCCGAAAAAUGGGUUUGUGGAGACAAAUAUGCUAACGAAAUCAUCUCAACGGCGUGCUUUAUCGAACCGCAGAUAGCACUUGAACAAUUAUGCUACCGCAUACAGAGCACGUUGUAAGAUUUUCUUUACACAGUAAGCAUUACAGUCCCAGACCCCCCACGAUAACUAACUACAGCACUUAAUUACCCUUCCGAAGGAAAAAAAUCUUCGUCUCACUCUGAAUUUUAUCUGUAACGUUAUCUUACGUUAAGUGUUGAUUUGUCAAAAACAAGGGCGAAGACUGUGAUUCCAGCGAGGUUUACCUAGAGCGGCUUCUAUAAGGCCGUUUUUAAUAAGAAGGGGAUUCCCCUUUCUCAUACUAUUAUUCAUGAUUUGCCUAACAUUUGGAUGUCACGUUACUGUGGUUUGAAAUUCGUUGUCGCUCUUUUUUCUCUGACAGAGUUUACACCGGGCAUCUUUUUCGUUGGACUUUUGAAGACUGUGACCAGGGCCCUGCUCAAAGGUAGUUUACACUGAAAUGUUACAUUGACUGAAAUGUGACAUUGUGCACGAAAUACUCGCUCCGUCUUAAAAUAAAAAAAUAAAAUCUUUUCUGCAUCGUAGAGACAACCUACAUAUACCCAUGUUUGGACCAUGUGACAUUUCACUUUCAGAGGAAAUUAUAGAAUCAAACAGAAUAUAAUGACAUUUUUAAACUAAUCAACGGCUGAGUUCACUUUUCGGGGAUUCCCACCAAGCGUUAAAACACAAUGCCAUUCCCCCAUUGCCGAGAACCAAGGGCGAAUUCUCUUUCAGCAUUGAAUUUUGUUUUUGAAUAAUUGUUAGCCUUUUAUUCACACAUCAAUCUAUGCGACUAAAAUCCUUACAAAAAAAGACUCUUAAAAGCAAACUAUUCACAUCUGCGAAAAAAGAGUACGGUCUGACCUGUCGUGACCGUCGUGACCAGGUAGAAAAAUAGGUCCGCAAUGCGUACUUGUGUGGGAUUUCAUUGACAAAGUGUUUGCAAGGGGUUUUUGAGCGGAAGCAAACCUGUCGCUCACCGUGAGUCAACUGUACUACAGGGGUGAUAUUAGGCCUGGAAUCAACAGCCUGAAUAGUAAUUUUUGUGCGGGAAUUAUUUGAACAAAUACAGAUUCACAGGAGAGAUCUGGGGAAUUAACUUAUACUUUUAUCAAGCAAUAUGCCUUUCCCUCCCUCCCUGGAAGCUUUUUGGCGUGUUUUUUAACGUUUGGUAAUCGUCUUCAACAAAUAAAUUACCUCUUGGUGGCUUAGGCUAUUUAUUUGUUUAUACGGCAAUACUGGAAAUAUUUGGAGCAGUAAAUAUUUUCGUAACAGUCAUUGAAAAAAAAUUGAAAAAAUUUCUGCUACUACUGUUUAACUCGUGGAUACACGAUAGCGUAGAAACGAGUUCUUGUGGGCGCUCUGCGAUAUGCAAAUUAGCGUGGACUCUUCGUAAUUAGUCGUAAUUAGUCGGCUUCGAACUCGAGAUCUAUCCUUCCGAAGAAGUAAGUCCAAAGUCCUGGCGCUAUUAUGAUUGCACUGAUCGUUGCGAUAUUUAUUUUCUUUACACGCCUGUUUCGACAUUUACUAUAUUGAAAUGGACUUCAAAUGUUUCAGAUUAGUGCUAUGAUCAACUUAAAAACCAAAUUUGAAGGGUCUUCGAAUCGUCCAUGCGCUAAACAUAACGAGGACCAGCGAGAAUCACGAAGACUUUGUGAGUGACAGCAAGCUGUUGACACAGAAAUUCCCACGGAAACAUGUACCCAUGACAUAAAAAAAAUGGUAAUUUGCAGCAUUAUUUCUUUCUACGCCAAUUUGGGUCUUUCCGUUGUAAUCGUUUCGUUUUGUUAUUCUUCUAUGCAAACGUGACUGUUUUGAUGGUAAGAAUGAAAGAUGAUCGCUUUCAAGAAGUCGUUGGCGAGCACGUGACUAUAAUCUGGCCGGUGUUGUUUUGAUCACUUGACGAUCUUUUUCGCUGAAAAUACAGGACGACUUCCUAUUUCAAGGAAUGCUUUUCCAAUUAAUUUCUAUCGCAUCGGUGUAAAAAAGUACAGGUAUAUGGGUGUUCUGAAAAACAAAAGGGAAAUUCAAAACUACGAGAAAUUGCGAGUAAUCGGCCUCUUCUGCUACACGCGGGUUUUUUUGGUGUAACAUAAGUUACAAGCACUUUACGCACGUGGGAAUGCUGCAAUCACGAAUUUUAGAUUACGUGAAAGUCACGCAUGUGGUUGUUUGCUCACUUCACUAAUAUGUUUGUUUGCUUGUUGUUGUUUUUUUUGGUAUCCUGGAGUAUUUCAGGAGGGGUUGCAGACUUAACUGUGGAAUAAUUGUUUAAUGCAGGGUUGUCAAUAAAGUUUGCAGUUAGAAAUUAGCCAAGAUGCUAAAGGAGCUGCCUUGAAAUUUCAAGACUGUGUGUUAUGUAGUUUAUUUUUGUCUUUUGUAAAUGGUUGUUAAACUGGACAACUCUUAGAAAGAUGACUUCAAACUUAAUUUUAAAAGGCCUGUUCUGGUACCAAAUGAAUAAGCAGCAUUUCCUUAUUAAUAGUUUUGCGAGUUUCUCAUUACAAAUUCCUCUGAAAAAAGGGAAACAACUCUUUUCAUAACUAUUUACUGCUUUCUUUUGUUGCUCUCUUAACUUAAAAACAAUGUACAUCAUGAUAAAGUAAUUUGUUAGAGGACACCGUGAAAUGAGGCCCAAACAGCUUUAUGAUCUGUGAAAUAUGUUGCUAAAACAUCUGCUUGUAUAUCAAUGUUAGAUAUAUUUGUAUAUAUAUGAUCAAUUACUGUUUUGUUGUCAGUUGUAUAAGUUGAUAUGAACUGUUUGUAAUGGUUAUCCCUCGCUAGUAAAUUAUACAAAGGUCUUCUGUCUGUUUCAACAAGCCAAUUUAUAUUAAAGUCUCCAGUAAUGUUAUUGUUGUCUGGUGAAAUGUUAUUUAAUACCUCAGUUAUUGCUUCAUAAAGUUGUCUUACAGGCACGUUUGGGGAGUGAUAUAUCCCUAUGAUUAUUCAAUCCUAAAGACUUGCUAACUUAAUUACUGUUAUUUCAACACCAUGUAUAUUGUGACAAUAGGGGUAUCCAGGUAAGUAUGGGAUUUUACUGUACACAGCUGUACCACCAUAAGACCUUGAUCCAUUGCUGGAAUUAAGGUUAUCAUUACGGAAGAGAACAUAACCAGCAAUGUCAUACAUGUCAUUAUUACCUUGAGAAUUAAAUCUUGUUUCUGUGAAAAUAUUGAUAUCAGCACUUAGAUAAAUUAAGUCUUUACGUAUAUCUUCUAUGUGUUUGUGAAGAGACCUUACAUUAAGAUAACACAGUUUAAGAAGGGAAAAUGUUAUGUCAUGGAGAGAGGAGAUGCAAAGCUUAAGUUUUGCAGUUGUUCUUAAUCUCUCCAUCUGGAUUAACAGCAAUCUUGCUUUCACGCAAAUCAGAAAUAUAUAGGCCUUCUAUAGCAGUCACUCUACUGAGUCCCACAUAAUGUAUGUGUGGUACUAAAAUCCACAACAAUUCUACUGUCAGUAUCACCUUGUGACCUGUGAAUUGUUUUUGCUGCUGCCGGACGCAGUGGAAAUUGUUUUCUAACAACUUUUGCUGUUCUGUUUCUACCUACCGCAAACUGUGUAGUCACAGGGUUUACUGGGGUCCAUGUGUGUUCAAUUCCUUGUACAUACAAAUGUCUUUUUUCAUUCCUUGUUUUCUGACCUACAUCUGAGUGGUCAAAUUGUACCCAUACAAUACCAGAUGGUUUGGUUUGUUGAUGUAACUGAACUAGUUUAACAACAUUUCCAGCACCAUUUGUCAUGCCAUCUUCGGUUCGUACAUUCAUGACAAGGUGUGUUCUUUCACCCUCAGCAAGACAAAGGGUUGAGGCUAACUGUUUUGUUUUUCUUGGAUCAUUGGGUAUUUGUCUUAGUAUUUUGUUUCUUAGCUCUGGAGAGAUAGCUCCAAUAACACUAUCUAGAGCAUUUGUUGUGAAUUUGUUUCCUGUGGCUGCAUUAUGGGCCCUUUGAUUAAAUUCAUCUACUUUAGCAUUCUGUAUAAAUAAGUGAGGUGCAUCUAUUGGGUUGUUGAUGUCUUCUUGUAUAGAUCUCUUUAAGUUUUGCAAUGUCAGCUACUGUGUGUUUACCUUUACGCAACCUAUUAAGUAAUUCCACAAACAAUUUGCUGUCUCUUUGACCCAUGAUUUCAUUAAGUUCAAACAUUUUAAAGUGUUUAUGCCAUAAACUGGGAGAAAGAACAGCAUAAAUCUACAUUUUUGAGGUCUUUGAAAAUAUAAGCAUCCAUAACAGAUUCUAAUUGGAAUAAGUCACCAAUAGCAAUUAUGCUCACACCUCCAAAAUCCUCUCUACAGCCUUUUAUAUCUUUAAGCCUAUUGUUUAGCUGUAUUGCAAAUUAACAUUACCAUUUCCUACCAUUGAGAUUUCAUCAACAAAAAUUAAUUGACUUCUCAAAGUGUUUAGUCUACUUGAAUCAAGCUGUUUGUAAUGUCUCAGUGAUUGAUUGGCAGGAAUGGCCAGAGUGCUAUGAAGAGUGUUACCCUUAAGCUUUACCAGUUGGAGCUAAUAGUAUAACUUUGAUCUGAUGAAAAUCAUCACCAGCUCUAGUGUUAUAAUAAUACUUAAGCACUGCCUGAUACAAAUCUUUUGUUAAAUGCGAUUUGCCAACACCAGCUCCUCCACUGAGGAAGCAGUAGAAAAAGGGUUUCUGAGGUUUUAAUCUGAUGUAAAAUGUGAUAAAAAUUCUUUUUGCUCUUUAUCGGGUGUCUGGACCAUUUGACGAAAAUCGAAAUCAGGUAAUUCAUUCAAUAUCAGUGGUUCAUUAUUCAGCGAUGUUGAUGGAAUGUUGAGAUCAUCAGAGAGGUCAUAGUUUUCACUUAAAUCAGGAUGUAAAUCUUCAUGAGAUCCAAUCCUUGAACGGAAUUGGUCAAUGGAGAUCCCCAUAUUUACUUGUGUGCUUGAGCGAGCAACAACAACAAUCCAACUAACUAGAAACUCAGUUUAUUAAAAUAGCUAACACUCUUGACAGUUCAAGGCAAACAAUAGUUUCUUUCAGUUUGUGACACUUUGAGACACUCGUGAGACAUUUUGAGACACUCGUGAGACACUUUGAGACACCCUGAGACUCUUUGAAGCGCAACCCGCACAAAUACAUUCAAGCCGACAAAUGUUGGCUUGCGAGAGUAAAAUGACUCCUUUCAAUCUGGCACAACCCGCACCGAAGGUCCAAGCCGAUAAAUGUUGGCUUGUGAAAACGUAAAAGCUCCUGUGCAACCUGCGCUGAACACAAGCCGCGUUUCAGCGUGUUGGCUUACGUGAAAAAAUCUUCUGUUAUAGACACCUGAAGAAAUAACGAAACAAACGCCAGGUGUACAAACGUAAUCGCCUUUCGUGAGAGCUUAAUCGUGAAGCUCCCACAACAAAAUUGAAAAGUUAAAGCACGCAAAGAACCCGUGAAAAUAUGAAAUGACUUAUCCUUACCUUGGAAACGAAAAUCCCCAAGAAACAAAUAUGAAAUUCCGAAUAAGUUCUCCAAAACCCAACGACUGAGAAGAGAAAUGGCCGCCGUACAAUACACUAUGAAAAAAUGCUGACUGGAAUCCAGUCUUCACGGCUCACUGAACGCAAAUAGAAACCACGUGACAAGCACUUCUCUCUCGUGGACAAAUAAAUAAAGAAAUAAAGAAAUAAAUUUCGCGGGCCUUGACUAAGUGUGGGAAAUCCCACACAAAAACAAAUCACGAUAUAGUUGCAAGUAUUUAUAAUUCCUGCGACACAAUAACCUAUUAAACAUUUACUAUCUCAUUCAUAUUGUAAUAAAACGCAAACAGAACAAAUUUUUAGGUAUUACCUGAAGAUUUACAAAUGAAAAAAAAAACACUACCAAAAGGCUGAUCAGUGCAGUUUAAGACUACGGAACUUAUCCGCGUCAACAAUGUCUUGUAUGUAAACAGCUUUCCAGCCAAUGCACAUGCACUAAAGCAUUUGCUAAGAGUCUAACAGCCGGUGAUUCUCGUCUUUGAUCUCUAUGUUACCUUAAACAUUAAUACAAUUCAAGAUAUACAUGUACUAGAAGUUCUGUUCUAACUUGAAUAUAUCUGUUGUGUGAUAAAGUCUAAACCAGAUAACAGAUCUUUGCUCUUCUUUGUCCGUCAUUAAUCCUCAAUUCCGGGGCUUUGAAGCAAUAUUCACGUCUUGAGGGAUCACACCUAACUCUACACGUCCCCGCGCCGCAAAUGUUUGGCCAACGAAAUGACUAACUAGUCGACAAAACUUAUAUUUGAUUGACGUCAGGAGGUUCAUCGUAAUCAAAUCGUAAUCUCACACACAAACACUGCCGGUAUUAACAGAGUCUACAGGGAUGAGAAAUUACUGGGAUUCGUCAAUCAAAGAACUCACCAUUCUCGCUCGUCUCUAUCAUGGCGGAAAUGCAUUUACAAUUCAUUACUUUUAGGGCAGCCGCACGUCAAAUCAAACAAUAGAAAUCAUGAGCCAAAUGUCAAUCACUGAAGCAAAGUAAGUGGCUAAUGAAGCAAGUUGGUCAUAACUAAAACAAUUAAGUCUUGGUUGAGAUUAAUUUUGCCUCUUGAUUUAUAACUACUGAGGCGCGUUGAGAUAACCGAACGAGAACAGUAGCAGAAAAAGUUUCCAUUCCACAACUGGUCUCCACUAACUCUUGUUCAGCGCCCUUCCCUGUGUGCGACGAUCUUAGUCUUGUGUCGGUUUUUCAGAUACUGAAAUAUGUCUACUGGUAAAUCACAUGGCAUAUGUUGUUCAAGUUAAUAACACCGUUGAACUUAAGUUUUUAGCCUCUCUAUCUUGCACUCUGUUAAUGUGUGAAAUUUCACUUUCAGAGGAAGAUAAAGAAUAAAACGAAAUAAUAGGACAUCGUUCAAGCCAAUCACAGGCUGAGUUCACCUUAAGGGGAUUCCCCUAAACGUUUAGACACAAUGCCAUUCGGGUCACGAUUCUCUCAUCACAGAGAGUCAGAGUAAUCCCCUUUCAGCGUUGAUUUUUUUAAAAUGAUUGUUAGCAUUUCAUUCACAUAUUAAUCAAUUUGUCUCCAAUCCCCCCUCCCCACCCAAGGAAAAAAAAAAGAACUUAAAGAAAACCAUUCUCUCCUACGAAAAAAAACAAUGCACGGUUAUGUAUGUCGUGACUAGGUAUAAAAACAGAAUACUCAAUAUAACUGAAACCGUUUAAACUCGGCGCGAAACGACUGAUCCAUUAAAAAUUUACUGGCUAAUUCACUUUUUAAAAAGCGUUGAUACAAAACACUUUUAGUUAUAACUUGAAGACUACAAAAAGGCUGGCUAGUGCAGCAAAAACUACGUAAAACGUGUUUGCGACUGCAACAUUUCAUAUGUAAACAACAUUAUUGGAGAGGAGAGCUAAUGCUCCCUCAAAACACAUCGUGAUUGUAAGCGGCUUUUUGUGAACAGUAUACUUACUGAAGAGAUCAGGUAUACUUAUUUGGCGGAACCGGAAGUCAAAGUGUCAAUCGGCAGAAUUCUCGUAUGGUGGAGUGUUACGAUAUCAAGUCAAAUACCUGGCUCGAUGCUCAUUCUAUGCCAUAUAAUGAUACAUAUUUCAAAGGAUGC